GGUUCUGCAGCAUUCCAGACCUCGAAUACUGAAUCAGGAUGGGAAAAAGACGUUGUGUUCCUCCACUCGAGCCCAAGUUGGCAGCAGGCUGUUGUGGAGUCAAGAAGCCCAAACUAUCUGGAAGUGGAACGCACAGUCACGGGAACCAGUCUACAACUGUCCCCGGCUCUAGUUCAGGACCUCUUCAAAACCACCAGCAUGUGGAUGGCAGCAGUGGUCGGGAGAAUGUGUCGGACUUAACUCUGGGACCUGGAAACUCUCCCAUUACCCGAAUGAAUCCCGCAUCGGGAGAGCUGAGCCCUCUCCCUCGGCCCAAUGGAACUGCCAACACCACCAAGAACCUGGUGGUGACUGCAGAGAUGUGCUGCUACUGCUUUGAUGUCCUCUACUGUCACCUCUAUGGCUUCCCACAACCACGACUCCCUAGAUUCACCAAUGACCCCUAUCCGCUCUUUGUGACAUGGAAGACAGGGCGGGACAAGCGGCUUCGUGGCUGCAUUGGGACCUUCUCAGCCAUGAAUCUUCAUUCAGGACUCAGGGAAUACACGUUAAAGGUGGGGGUCCAUGGGAUUCGAAUUGAAUUCAUCAAUGAAAAAGGCGUCAAACGUACAGCUACAUAUUUACCUGAGGUUGCUAAGGAACAAGACUGGGAUCAAAUCCAGACAAUAGACUCCUUGCUCAGGAAAGGUGGUUUUAAGGCUCCAAUUACCAGUGAAUUCAGAAAAACCAUCAAACUCACCAGGUACCGAAGUGAGAAGGUGACAAUCAGUUACGCAGAAUAUAUCGCUUCUCGACAGCACUGUUUCCAGAAUGGCACUCUUCAUGCCCCGCCCCUCUACAAUCAUUACUCCUGACACAAGGCUGCAUGACCAGUCCCACCCCCCUGUGGCUACCAAUGGCUAUGACAUCAUUGGAGCAGAUGCCUCCUCUUCCUGGUCCAGUUACUUCUAUUACUGCACCAUUUUAUGAUGCUAGCUUCCGUUGCCAAGUCUGCUCCAGCUGACUGAGGGGAGGGGGCGGGGUUCUAGUGAAUGAAACCGAACUUUUGAGGGGCCCAAGCCUUAUCUCAGCCUUUCCUCAAUAUGGGGUUCUGUUGGAUUGGGGCUCCUCCAUGACCAGUGAGAAUUACCUUGUCGAUUCAGAAGACUCGGCAUGCAGGUGAUACUGGUGAUUUGCCACCUGUAUGAUGGCCACACAGUAGAAGCUGGAAUUGAUUAUCCAUGAAGG